AUGGGCAAAAAAAAUAAAGAUCAACCGCCAAACGUCAGCCUUGGAAGCGUAACAAGCAGAGACAUCAUUCAGCGAAUCAACUUCCUCUACCAGGCCAGCGCAUAUCUCACCUCCAUUUCGUCCGUCGACAACAUCGCCGUCUCUGCCGCCCCCAAUCUGAGCGCUACAGAACACAGAAGAUUGCAGAGAAAAAGUAAGAACGGGAAGCUACUGCUACAUCGAGGAAGCAAGACAGAUGAACGGCAGAAGGGGGCGAAAGCCAGGCACCCCGCUUCUACGGCAGAGCUGUCGAGGAGCUACAUCCGGUCGAUGCGUGUCAUCGGGCAGAAAACUACCGUGAAAUUGGAUCCCAAUAUCAAGCGCACCCUCUGCAGGGGUUGUAAUGUCGUUUUGAUACCUGGCUCGACAGUUGCAACCCGAGUAAAGAAAUCGUCGUCCCAUGGUCAUACGGUGGUAUAUACAUGCACCGCUUGCAACACGACUCGUCGCAUUCCUGCACCUCCCGUUCUCGAGGCGGACAAUCCCGCCGAUGACGCGAUGGGGAUGGACACGGAUUCUCAUAAUGAACAGUCAACCACCCCAUUGGGCAAGGAUGAUGUACCCAAAAUCAAGACGAAGGCCAAAAAACGGCCUGUCGGUCGACUACCGCCGUUGUUCCAACGGAGGGGACAUGUGGUUUUCAGAGGUAAUGAAAGACUAGAGGAGAUCCAAUAG